AUGACAGAGAGACUGCUUCAAAAUGGAAGCCAAGUGACUGAAUUCAUCCUUCUGGGACUGACUGGUCGGCCAGAGUUGCAACCCAUCCUCUUCAUGGUGUUUCUGGUUGUCUACCUUAUUACCUUGAUGGGAAAUCUUGGAAUGACUACAUUGAUCAGAAUCACACCUCGCCUGCACACACCCAUGUACUUCUUCCUUAGCCACCUUGCCUUUGUGGAUGUAUGUUAUUCUACUAAUGUCACACCCCUCAUGCUAACUCACAUCUUAUGUAAGAAGAAAACUAUUUCCUAUGUUGCUUGUUUGACCCAGUGUCACUUUUUCAUUGCCCUGGUCAUCACUGAAUAUUUCAUGCUGGCUCUGAUGGCCUAUGACCGCUACAUGGCUAUCUGCAGUCCACUACUUUAUAGCAGCAAGAUGUCCAUGAGCACUUGCUUCUGGUUGGUCACCAUUCCUUACAUUCAUGGCACACUUGUAGGUGCAGUACAAGUCAUCUUAACAUCUCGUUUGAACUUCUGUGGCCCUAACUCCAUCAAUCAUUUCUAUUGCACCAACCCACCUUUGUUGGUACUGAGCUGUUCUAACACCUAUAUCAAGCAGACAGCCUUGCUUAUCUCUGCAGGUAUGAACCUGUCCAGCUCCCUCUUGAUAAUUCUCAUCUCAUACAUUUUCAUCUUUGCUGCCAUCCUACGUAUCCUUUCCACAGAGGGGCAACGUAAAGUCUUCUCCACUUGUGGUUCCCACUUGACAGCAGUUACCAUGUUUUAUGGCACUCUUUUCUGCAUGUAUGUGAGACCUGCCACCAAACAAUCGGUGGAACAGGGUAAAAUCAUUGCAGUGUUUUGUAUC